GGAUGAUUUUGACAAAAUUAUUUGCUAAAUAAGAAAGCAAAAUUUUACUUUUAUUUUUAUUCCACCCUCCUUCAAUAAUCUUUAAAAAAAUAAGUAUGCGAAACAAGGAAUAAAAAAAGUCUCGUCUAAUCUAUUAAUUACGCAGCAGAAAUCAAGGAUGUUCUACAGGUUGAUGUACAUUGCAUGUCCCUCAUUACUACUAGCAAGUAUACACAUGCAACUGACCUAUUUUUUGCUUAGGUUUUGAUAUCAGUGUGAUAUAUGCAGAGAAAAAAAAAAUGAAAAUAUACUUUUGUUAAAUCAAAUUUAGGAUUACUAUAAGGAAAAAAGUCCUUUGUCUUAUUGUCAAAGUGAAUAAUUUUAAUAUGCCAAUGAACAGGGUAUGUUACUUUGUUUACCAAAUUUGUAUUGAUUUUUUUUUUUUCAUAUUAGUGCAUUCUCUCCUGUUUUUUUAAAGUAAAGUUUGUGAAAGAGAGUCACAAAUAUUUAUGUGUACCACAGCCCUAGAAAAUUAAGAGCAUAAACUGGUAUGUUUGAGUUUUUGUGUACAUUGUAAUAGUGGCUGACUUAUCUUGAUUCUGUUAUUGCACAGGUACUGACCUCAUAUUUAAACUCACUGCCAAAUUCUCCCCUUCAUAUUAAAGCAAUAUUUAUACAGUACUGUGUAUUAUUUGUUUAUCUUUUCAUAAAUAAGAAACCUUCAAUUGCAUGAUGUGUAAGCAUUAGAACAUGAUGUCACGUGGAGUCAUAUGUUCAUGCAAGGACGCUGAAUUCUAUUAAUAAUAAUAAUGAUACAUUUCUUAUACAGCGCAGACAUAUCUGGCGACAUCUCAGUGUGCUUUACACAAUUUAAAAAUUGUAACUUAAAUAUCUUAAAAGUACGAAGUAUUCUCUAAUUAAACAACCUUUCCUAAUUUAGCACAAUUUCACAAAUGUAAAAUGUUUAAAAAAUAAUAAAAUUACGGUACAAGAAGCAAUUUCACAAGAGAAUACAAUUUUAAUUUAUAUUAUUUACUUUUAAUUUUAUUUAUCUCUUUUUUUAGUAAAAUGCAAAUCAAUAAAACAAUACAAUGUAUAAUUCUAAGACACAGUUUGGCUCUAAUCUAUGUUGUCGCAGAAAGUAGAUGGUAAAGGAUUGGGGAAUGUGUUAUUAGGUAAUGUCAGCCAAAUUGAAAGUUCCAUAAACAAGCCGGGCACAACAAUCGCACGACCAGCGGCGACGAAUCCAACUCCGCAUUAUGUGAGCGUCAGAUGAUGCGACACCGUCAUCUGAUUGUUGCUGGAGUCUGAACAUAUUGUCAUUAAAUACGAUCCUUAAAUGAGUCGUUGCGUUCUCCAUAGAAUUGUGUUGGCCGAGACCCUUGGCCGCGGUGAUCGCCCAGCUUUAUAAUUACUUAGCCUUGUGUUGGUUGAUCCGCCAUUAGUAUUCAAGAACAUUCCCCCCCCCCCUUUGUAUUCAUUGUCAUAGCAACCAGUUAUAAUACAGAUUGAUAUUAUAUUUAUUAUGUAAUUGUUAGAAAACCAACAGUAUUAUCUCUUUAAAAUACUGUUGAUAUAGGCAAAGACUAUAGAACUGCAAGUUGUCCGACUCUUGGGGCUUCAUUGGAAUCCUAUCUCAAAAAAAAUGCUAUCACGAACCAAAAGGCGUCCUUCAAGAGAACGUAAAAGGGCGCCCCCUAUGUUGUAUAGUACUUUUUCAUUGCAUGAAUACAAAGUCAGGGCAGUUGGACCUUUUGCGGUUCUAUACUCUUUGAUAUAGGUGUACAAAUUGCAGACAGAAAACAUCAAUAGAAAUCUCCAUCAAUUGUAUUUUUUGAAAAAAAAACAUUUAUAUCAACAUAGAAUGUUAUAUUUUGCAAAAUGUUGUUUUAGAAGUGUGUUUCUAAUUAGGUUGAACUGUAUAAACAGUAAGAUAGCUACAUGUGCAUCAGGUAAAUAAAAUUGGUGCUGUAUUAAUAAAUGUUGAAACACUUUAUUCCUUUAAUGACUGAUAAAUCAGAACAAGGCUAGGAAUACGUGCGUGUCCUAUAAAAAAAGCACGUAAACGUGCAUUUGUCCCACAAAUGCACGUGUUUACGUGUAUGUACUUUUGUUUUGUGGGGCCUUAGGGAUAUAAUUAUAUCAACAAUACAAUACAACAGUUAUUUUUCUUCAUACAAAUUAGGUGGAUGCGAGAUAAUGAGUAAACCAAAGUACUUUGAUAUCGAGGAGUGGAAGGGAUAGCCCAUUAUACGGAUAAAUAUAAUGGCAAUAAAACAUCAGCUGCUCGUCAUUUACAUUAAAAUUUAACAAGAUAUGAAAAAUAACAAUAUGAAAAAUUAAUCAAGCAUCUACAAAAUAGUUACUUAAUAAAAUAGCAAAAUAAUAUUGCCAAUAUUCGAUGCAUAAGCACAAAUGCACCUUGAUAUUAUUUCAUAAUAAAGUGUACAAAUAACAUGUUCAGUUCCAAUUAGCAUUAUAAAACCUGAACGAUAAUAAAAAUGUAAUUAAACAUCUACACAAUACAAAGCAAUAAUAAUUAGAUACACUAAUUUGCAUCAGUGGCACACAUCAUACAAUACCUGAUGGUGCAUCCAGAAACAAAAAUGAAAAGAAAUUAAAUCAGAUUGAAAGCAAAAGUACAACAGAAACACAGAUGAAUUAAAGGCCUAUAGAUACAGUAUAUGACAGAGAUGAUUAUUGAUAUGAACUUAUUCAAGUACUGUAUAAUAAUUUGAUAAUGUAAUUCUUUAAGGCGUUCAUGUAAUUUGAUUCUCAGUUUAUUUCAAUAUUUGUAACGAAUUUCCUUUCUGUUAUUCCAUUUGUAUUUUAAACGACGCACCACUCGUUGAGUUAAGCGCCACCGAUGAAUAUUAAUAAAGUACAGUACGUAGUUUCGAAAUUCGUUGUUUCGAACCAGUCAAGCGAUCGCUUCACGUGACGUCAUUCAUUCGGUACUCGUAAUAUUAGUGAGAAUAAAUAAAUAAUAUUCAAUGAGGAAAGAGACCAGGUUGGUUGACGAAGUUAAAGGAAUCUCACAAAGAGCAAAAAUGCUGUUGCUUGUCUUUUGUUUAGCUCUAGUCCCUGCUUUAGGUCAAGCUACACUGGUUGGUUCCAUUGAAACAAUACCAGAAAAGGAUUACAGAAAUUACGCAAUAAUUCUCAAUUUUGCUGCUACGACUAUCAACGACAAUAGGGAAACCUCAUAUGACGAAAGGUGUACCCGAUUUCUCGAAGUAAAUAAGCAGGUCAUUCGAGGCGAAUUAUUUAAGGUAAAAAUCGAGUUCUUUCCAGAAGAAUGUCGAAUAAAUACGGACGACACGUGUGAGCUUGUUCGCGCCUGCAAUGAGGUACACAAAUGUAGUGCAUCAGUGUGGUCAAGACCGUGGCAUGCAGAACCAAUGUCACUAGAAGACCUUCAAUGCAAUGUUGCAUAAAUACAAAAUCAUUGGUUUUAAUAUGAUCUUACACAAUUCGAAUAUAUAAAUUAGUAAAUUCAUUGAAAGUAAUCAAGGUAUGAUGAACAGGGGCGGCGCCAGGGGGUCCACACCCCCCCCCACCUUCCCAGUCGGGGAAAAAUUAAAUUUGUCGGGGAUUUUUUUUAAAAUUUAUUUAAAGAUAAUACAAUUUUGUGUUAAGCAAGGGAUUCUUUAUUUAAAAAGAAUGUCGGGAUUCUACUAGUCCACCUGUCGAGGGUACUAACUCCCUGUCCAGGUACCAGCCCCUGUCGGGGAAGAGCUGGCGCACCACUGCAGCCCAUACGAUCGCAAUAGUAUACAACACCUCGCACAUACGGUAGCACUGCUCGCGCUAAAUAGUUUUUUCCCGACAGCCAUGCUGAAAAUUUCCCGACAGGGGGUCCAAGCGGAGGUGUGCAGAAGUCCCGACGGGUUGUCCUUUGCCCCCUGGACCCCUGCCAGCGCCGCCCCUGAUGUUGAAGUGUAUUAAGGUAGUUUUUUUUUCCCGAUUUUAUUUGACCUUGCUGGAAAUAAAUUAAUAUUAUUAUAAAUAAAGCAAAAUUAGGUCAUAUGUAAGUAAUGAUAUUAUUCCAUAAUUAAAAAAAAGACAUAUA